AUGAAGGGAAUCGUCAUAGCUCUCCUAGUGGCCCUUGUGGCUGCCGAGAAGUUCCCAGCCCGGAACCAGAAACCUCAGUCAAAAACCCAGAAUCCUGAAACUGGAACGGAGAAUGUUGACAUCAAACCAGACUUUCCUGCCGGACAAACAUUCAAAUACAGUUACAACACCACAAUGGUAACUGGAGUUGAAGAUAAAAGUUAUGGAAGGAGUCUUCUAAAGAUAGAAGCUGAUGUAAUCAUCAUAACAGGUCAACCAGAGCAUAUGCUUCAGUUGAAGAAUAUGAGAGUACGAGAUGCUGUUGGAUUCCGUCCGAGAGAUACCUUGUCAGAACCACGAAGGGAAUAUAAAGAGCUCCUUGAAUGCCAGAAGUUUACAACCCAUUUCAUCUAUGCUGGAAAAAUUAACUCUAUCCGUAUACCAGCGCAAGCAAGUCUACUUUGCAAGAAUUUUUUCAGAGGCUUGCUGAGCAUGUUCGCUGUCACACCACGGAACCUUAAAGAGUAUGAACUAUUUGAGGAUGGACUUGAAGGAGAGUGCAACACCAGAUAUGUUCUCUACGAGGAUAAAAGGAACAACGUCUUCUUGUAUAACAGAAUCAGGGACCUGAACCAAUGCAAACAAAAAAUUAUGCUGAAUGUUGGAAUGCCCUAUCUCCAGCUCUUCCAGCAACCCAACUGCUACCAAAGAGAAAAAUUUGUCCAAGGGGCAACUGCCUCAGUCGUCAAAAUCAAGCGGGACGAUAGGAGUGACAUGGUCACUGAAGUCAUUUCUGAACAAGUAUUGGACUUCCCUCUAGCUGGAGAUGAUUCUACCGGAUAUAUGAAAGCUCAGCAAGUGCUCAUCUUGACUGAAGUGAGACCUGAACAACAGCAGCAGCAGCAGCAGCAACAACAACAACAACAAGGAGAACUUGUAACAAUCAACAUUCGUUAUGAACAUAGCGCAAAUCUGUUUUUGCCUGUGAUGGAGAACCCCAUCAUAGAUCCUGUACGACAGGUUGAGCAACUCUUAGAAGAAUCAGUGCACUGGCAGAUGCAGGAUAAAAUGUUUUCCACCAAGGUUACAGUAUUGACCCGACUCAUACAACGCUUGUCAUUAAAUGAUGUGAACACUCUCUACAGCAAGUUUUCAAGAAUCCCUGCUACUAGAAAAUUCCUAUUGGUUUCAUGUGCCCAUGCGGGUAAUUUGAUCACAUUGAAGUUCAUCAAGGACAAAGCAGUCAGUGGAGAACUUCCAUAUCAUGACCUGAUUUGGCUUAUUCCCACAACCUUCCAUUCUGCCAACGUGGAUAUUACGAGAAUGGAAGAAAUUGCUAAAGUGACAGCAGAAUUACUUUCCAAAAUCACUGACAAAACAUCUAUCCUUGGAAAAGCCGUUUACCUGGCAUAUGGGAUUAUGGUGAACAAGCAAUGUUCCAAUUCUAGAACCUGUCAUCCUAAAUUGCUUGAGCCUCUCCACAACCUCCUAACUGAGGCAGUUCGGGAAAAAGAAGAAAACAAAAUUGCAUUAGCUCUGAAAGCUAUUGGCAAUGCCGGUCAGAUUGUCAGCCUGAAACAAGUGAAACUCCUGUGUGAGAGUGAUAAACAUUCUGAGUACAUCCAGGUGAUUGCAGUUCAGACCCUGGCACAAGUCGGCAAGCAGGAUCCUACAAAGGUUCAAGGUUUACUCCUUCAGAUCUUUAUGGAUGUUUCACGCUGUGAGCCCGUCCGAGUAAUGGCUUGCAUUGUCCUCCUAGACAGUGCCCCUUCUCUAUCUAUAGUGACAGCCAUGGCCAAUGCAAUGCUGUAUGAGGAGAAUGUCCAUAUUGCCAGCUUUGUGUACUCUCACAUGAAGACUAUAACAAAGAUCAGGGACCCAGCAUACUACAUCCUGGCUUCUCAUUGCUCUUUGGCCCUCAGAAUUCUGAGCCCCCGACUUGAUGAACUGAACUCCCCUUUCAAUAGGGCUAUGCAUGUUGUCUUUUUCAACUCUUUCCUAAACAAUGGAUUUACUAUGAAAUUCUUCAUGUCUGGUGACAAUAGACACCCUUCAAAGGUUGUCUUGAAAACAGACUUCACAUUUCCCCAUAGCAAGGCUGAACUGCUAGAGGUUGAACUGCAAGUACAAGGUCUAGAUAGAUUGUUUGACGAAUCAGAUGGCCAGUCUGAGCAAUCCGCUACCAAGCAGAAGAUCAAAAAUAUCCAAGACCAGCUUCCAGCAUACCAAGAAAUACCUGCCAAAGAACCUGUCUUUGGUGUUUCAGUCAGAUUGUUUGGAGUCCACAUUAUGUAUUUCCACUCUUCAGAAAUGAAUCAACAUUGGAAGGCAGAAGAGUUUAGACCAGCUAUGAUCAAAGUGUGGAUGAAAUUUGCUGAAAUAUGUUUCAAAUUGGCCCACGUUCACUGGACCCAUUACCUCAUGUUAGAUGUGGGGCAGGUUCUUCCUACAUCCCCUGGUUUACCAUUCCAAAUAAAUCUUAAUGCUGUCUUGGGAGCAUAUGUAGACUGGAAAGCAAAAUCAGAAAUAUUUCAAGACGAUAUCACAGCAAUCAAAAUACAAUCACAACUUGAUACCAAAGUUCGUGUCGAUGGUCAAGGAAGUCUGAGCUGGCAAAUUAAGGCAGACACUUUUGGUAAUGGAAUAGAAAUAUCCGCUGAGAUCCAUUCAGAUACUGCACUCAAAAUGAACUUUUCGUUGGACGUGCCAGAAAACAGAUUUAAAGUAGAAAUUGAUAAUCUUCAGGAGAAGCGUGAUGUACUGAUUGCAAGCCAUACAGCAAAGGCUGUAGCAAGGUGCCAAAGUAUUCAGAAAACAGCUCCAAUUCUUCCCGAUUCAGUUUACAUGGGAGACUGGGAAGACGAAUCUGGCAAAGGCAACAUCAAACAACAAUCUAAAAGUAGCCAGAAACCUCAAGAGCUUUGGGAAAAUUGCUGGCCUUUAGCUUGGUUCCCAGUAGACAUGUGCGGGAAAACCGUCACGGAAAAAGGAUAUGUGCCAUACCAGAAUACACUGCUGCAUGUCUUGUGCUCAGAACAUGAAAUGAAGUAUUGGUUUGAAAAAGAUGCUGGUUUGCAAAAGAUCCAAGUGGAUGUCAACCUAGACACUGCAAAAAUUAGGAUGAGAAGAGAUCUGGAUCCUGAAGACCAACAACAAGUGAAAGUAGAAAAACAGGAGGGUAACAUCAAAGAUCAGAGGAGACCAGGCCAGGAAGAUCAGAAGAGAUCAGGCCAGGGAGAUCAGAAGAGACCACGCCAGGAAGGUCAGAAGAAGCCAGGCCAGGAUACCAAGCGCCCAGAUCAGGACACCACCUCUUCCUCUGACUCUGCUUCUGACGUGAAAAAAGGAAACAACCAAAGGAAAGGUGAUACCAGCAGCAGCAGCUCCACCUCCAGCAAGGAUACCAGUGAAAGCAGCAGCAGCAGCCAGUCCCAAGAGAGUGAAUCAAAGAGUUCUUCCCAGAGUCAGUCUAGUGAGAGUUCUUCCAGCAGCAGUGACAGCAGUGAAAGCAGCAGCAGUGACAGCAGUGACAGUAGCAGCAGCAGCAGUGACAGCAGCAGUGACAGUAGCAGCAGCAGCAGUGACAGCAGCAGUGACAGCAGUGACAGCAGCAGUGACAGCAGCAGUGACAGCAGCAGCAGCAGCAGCGACAGCAGCAGUGACAGUAGCAGCAGCAGUGACAGUAGCAGCAGCAGCAGCGACAGCAGCAGUGACAGUAGCAGCAGCAGCAGCAGUGACAGCAGUGAUAGCAGCAGCAGCAGUGACAGCAGUAGCAGCAGCAGUGACAGCAGUAGCAGCAGCAGCAGUAGUGACAGUAGCAGCAGCAGUGACAGCAGCGACAGUAGUAGCAGCAGCAGUGAUAGCAGCAGGGACAGCAGUAGCAGCAGUAGCAGCAGCAGUGACAGCAGUGACAGCAGUAGCAGCAGCAGUGACAGCAGCGACAGCAGUAGCAGCAGCAGUGAUAGCAGCAGCAGCAGUGACAGCAGUAGCAGCAGCAGUGAUAGCAGCAGCAGCAGCAGCAGCAGCAGCAGCGAUAGCAGCAGCAGUAGUGACAGCAGCAGCAAGAGCAGCGACAGUGACGACAACACCGUUGAGAGCAAAAGCAGUGAGAGCAGCAGUGAGAGCAGCAGUGAGUGCGCUGACGAUGACAACGGCGAUCAGGGAGUAAAAAAAGAGAUGCAUGCAUAUUCUUUCCGAUCUGUGAAGAAACAGAAGCCAGGAAAACAGUCUGAUGAGCCUUCCGAGUCUGAUUCUCAACAGGACUACAAAAGGAAAGGAGGCGUCAGUGGUGAACAAAACAUAAAAGACCCUGCGAUGAAGCCAUACGCCACUGUUACUUUCCGCUACCGAUAUACUGAUAAGAGAGAAGCUGGACAUGAUCUUGUAGUAUUCAAAGGUACCUCUGCGCUUAAAGUGACAGUGAAAGACAUCACACGGCCAGCUAAUCCAGUGGUAUGCUUCACUUUUUAUGAGGUCACUCCUCAUAAAACAACGUUAAAUCUGAGAGCUGGUCGGGAUUGCAGAGACUACAACUUUUUAUUCGAGAUAGAGACCGGUUUGCUUGCUGGAAAGCCAGCUCUUCAGGCAACGUUUAAAUACCCUAAGGUUUCUAAGCAAUUGCUUUCUUAUAUAAAUGAAUGUAUUGCACUGAUCCCUGGGAUUGCCGCCAGAGCAGACUUCACUCACAAACUGCAAAAGAAUGCUCCUCAAGAAAUUUCAAUGAUUAUGGCUCUAAAACGUCCAGACGAAUGUACAAUGAUCAUGAAAUUGCCAGAAGAUCUCCUCUACAAUGACAACUGCAGACUUCCAUAUUCAGUGCCAAUGGUUCCCAAAGGCCAAACUUCAAAAAUUGCUGAUAUUCCAAAAUUGCUUCUUGCUAGUCUGAAUGGUGUUUGUAAAGUAAACGAAAAAAGAAUUCUAAGUUUCAACAAUGAAAUCAUUACAAAAGGAUUGCCUGACGACUGCUUCAUAAAUGUAUUGGGAGAUUGUACUUGUAGAAAGAAGCUGAUAGUGCUGAUGAAAUACGAGACUGCACACAAUAAUAAUAUUCUAAUUGAAAUCCAUACACAAAACCUUGUAUUUACCAUGAAGAUGCGUGAUGAUGACCUCAUUCUGGAAGUAAAUGGCACUAGGGUACGGGAUGGAUUUAUUCCUCGUUCAAUGAAAGAGUUGCCGAUUGAAUUCCAUAAAACAGCAACUGAACUGGUGUUGAAGCUGGUCUCUUAUGGAUUAGACGAAGUGAGAUACAAUGGAACUUCUGCACAGUUUGAAGUUAAUUCCUUGAUAGAAAAUUCAUGUGGUCUCUGUGGAUGGUUUGGUUCACAAGCGCAAAAGUUUCGGAGACCAAGUGGCCACAGAGCUACAGAUGAAGUGAGCUUUGUUCAGUCCUGGGUGGUCCCUGACAAAUGUGGUGGAGACUGUAAACUGAGACACACAACAGUGAGACACGAGAAUCCGAUCUUAAUGGGACAAGAAAAUCCACAAUGUGCUACCAAUCUUCCUGUCACCCGUUGUGCUGAAGGCUGCUUGGCCACUAGUACUACCAAAACCUUAGCUAGCUUCCAUUGUGUGCCAUCUGGAUCAACCUUGCCUACUGACCUGACCGUGCUGGCUGAAAAGUCUCAAGAUCUGUUAGACUUAGUUGAAUCGCACACAUCUUGCUCUUGUGAACAGGAAAAAUGUACUGCAUGAGCCUUCAACUGAGUAGACUCAGUAUAUGUUCUCUUGUUUGCUGUGGGAGCUGAUAUGUCAAUUCUAGGCUACUACAAAGUUGUUAAUUAAAUUAUUUUAAGAACCCUACUGUACCCUCUUAAAGAAUCCAAUUCUUCCUAUAUAACAAAGUCAACUCUAAAUGAAACAGAUAAUUUUGUA